GCUAUAAAAUAUUUCAUAACAAUAAAAUAAUAACAACCCGGAAAUUAAAUAUGAACAGAAUGUCUCAAGGAAAGGUUGUGUUGAUAGCUUGUGGAAGCUUUAGCCCUCCAACAUACAUGCAUUUACGCAUGUUCGAAAUUGCAAGGGAUUAUUUCCACUCUACAGGGUUGGCUACUGUUGUUGGUGGCAUUGUAUCUCCAGUGCAUGAUGCAUAUGGCAAGAAAGACUUAGUAGCAGCACAUCACAGAAUAUCUAUGUUGAAUCUGGCAUUACGUUCAUCUUCAUGGAUUAAAGUCUCAGAAUGGGAGACCCAGCAGUCCGGUUGGACAAGAACGAGAGUUUCUAUGCAAUACCAUCAAGAUACCAUCAACGGACACAUGUCGGCUAUUGAACCAGACCCACCUUCGUGGCUACCAGACGAUGUCCUCAAUGUGAAUAGUAUUGAUGAACCAGACAACCUAAUGGAUAAACUUAAUAAUGGAGAUACAGGAAGAGUGACUGUUAAGUUGCUGUGUGGAGCGGAUCUCUUAGAGUCAUUUGCCACUCCAGGGCUGUGGUCUGAUGAAGAUUUGGAAACCAUUGUUGGCCGUCAUGGGUUAGUGGUGGUAACACGGGCAGGAAGCGACCCUGGCAAAUUUAUUUAUGAGUCUGACAUGUUGUACAAAUAUAGAAAUAAUGUGACCCUAGUGAGCAAUUACAUAGUGAACGACGUAAGUUCUACAGUUCUGAGGCGGCUUGUGCGUCGCGGGGAAAGUGCUAAAUAUCUCACUGAUGAUGCGGUACUAGCAUAUAUUAAACAACAUAGACUAUACGGAGCCACACCUAAUAUCACCUACAACAAACGGUCCCCACAAGACGUCAUUAUGACGUCUCCUGAGGAGACAAGUUUUAAAAACAUCCUCAUAUCGAUAAAAGACAGACCGUCUAUAGUUGACGAAACCAUUACCGUGAAAAGACCUAGGAAGACCAAUUUCCUCAUGCCUAACACUCAUACCGAUUCAGUCAGUCCAUCGGUCGAUCCGAUCAAACCGAAAAUUGCAUAUUUAGAUAAAGUCCCCGCGAGUUACGUGCCCGGAAAAGCCGUAAAAAUCGUCAGUGACGCUACCCAGCACGCCAUUCAAGACGAGAAGGUAAGUCUCGCUGAAUCAACUUAUAGGUCUCUGGAUAGUUACCUGUCUAAAGACGAUGGUGACUUUGAUAUAUACAAACGCAGAGUCAGCGAAAGUAACGUCGAACAGAAUUUGAACAUCGAUAAUGUGAUAAAGAAACGAUGUUCUUCCACCAUUCGAAAACUUCGGCCCGAUGAAAUGAAAAAGAGCAAAUCGGAAGUGAGUAAACUCUGCGAUAAAGUAAAGAGUAUCAAAUUGAAAGAUAGAGAUUCGUCUAGGAAUUACAAGACGAGGAGUUGUAACGAUAUCGUUAGGUUGAUCUUGACUAAACAUGGUAUACAUGUUAUUAGCGAUACCGAGGCGAUUGUGUAA